GUGCGAAAGAAUCAAUCUAAUGGCUUCCCGUCAACUUAUCAGCGGCCGCCAUUUGUUAAAGAUGGAGGUUUUUGGACUAUCACAAUUUAUUUCACAGAUCCAUCAAAGAUCUGCACGACAGGUCGUACAGCCGAGGAAUUUAAACAACAAGGAAUCGGUUCUAACUUAUACAUCCAGAAUAGCACGCGGCCGGAAGACAGUAUCAUAAUACCUCGAGAUGAGGCAGGGAUUGCGAACUCUCUUUGGACCAAAGGGCUGUGUUUUCCAAUGAUGGGCACACACUAUUGGUGGAAUGUAAGUGAAAACUUGAGCUGUGACAAAACAUUCCCAGUCUUCCUCAUGUACACGGGUCAGCAGCUUGUUGGUUUCGGCUGGGCGUUUGUUGCCGAUCUGUCUUCAACAAACUAUGAGCAUCCUCCUCCAAUGACAUACAAGAUGUUCAUGAAUCCUGUUCCCAAAUGCUUGCUGACUUCUGGUGUCACCUCUACGAUGCACUUCUAUCUUACAAGUCAACCGGAGAAAAUCUCUUGCUAG